GCGGCGGGGAGGCGCCGGGCGAGAGCUGCGCAGAGGCCGCGCCGCGGGAGCCCAGCCGAGGGCCAUGGCCGUGCCCCUGCCCCGCCACCCGCUGCGGCUGCUGCUGCUGCUGGCGGCGACCCUGAGCCGCUGCCCGGCGGGCGCCUCGCCCGGCCCGGAGGGCGCGAACGGCACGGUGGUGACGCUGGCCGUGGUGCUGCCGCAGCACAACGUGAGCUACCCGUGGGCCUGGCCGCGCGUGUCGCCCGCCGUGGACCUGGCGCUGGAGGCGCUGCAGCCGGCGCUGCGGGCCGCCGGGCUGUCGGUGCGCACCUUGUUCGCCACGUCGGAGCUGAACGGCGCCUGCUCGGAGUACGUGGCGCCGCUCAAGGCCGUGGACCUGAAGCUCUACCACGACCCCGACGUGCUGCUGGGCCCGGGCUGCGUCUACCCGGCCGCCUCGGUGGGCCGCUUCGCCUCGCACUGGCGCCUGCCGCUGCUGACGGCCGGCGCCGUGGCCUCGGGCUUCAGCCUCAAGAAGGACGGCUUCAGCACCAUGGUGCGCACCGGCCCGUCGGCGCCCAAGCUGGGCGCCUUCGUGGCCCACCUGCACGAGCACUUCAACUGGACCGCCCGCGCCGCCCUCCUCUACGUGGACCGCAAGACCGACGACCGGCCCUUCUACUUCACCAUCGAGGGCGUCUACGAGGAGCUGCAGGAGGCCGCCAACCUCUCCGUCCGCUACCACAUCUACGCGCCUGCCGACGACGGCGGCGGCGGCCCGGACACGGCCGUCCAGUUCAUCAAGGCCAACGGGCGCGUGGUCUACAUCUGUGGGCCGCUGGAGAUGUUGCACCAGAUCAUGCGCCUGGCCCAGUGUGAGAGUCUGACCAACGGUGACUACGUCUUCUUCUACGUGGACGUUUUUGGAGAGAGCCUGCGUGCCGAGGGGCAUCGGGAGGCAGCCAAGCCCUGGCAGAGCAAGGAGAGUCCAGAGCUGGGCAGCCUACGAGAGGCCUUCCAGACGGUGUUGGUGAUCACGUAUCAUGAGCCCCAAACCCCCGAAUACCAGCAUUUCCAGAACCAGCUGAUCCUGCGAGCCCGGACAGAGUUUGGCGUGGAGCUCAAUGACUCGCUGAAGAACCUGGUGGCUGGCUGCUUCCAUGACGGGCUGCUCCUCUAUGCCACCGUGCUGAACGAGACGUUGCGUGAAGGCGGAACCAAGCGUGAUGCCAGCCGCAUCCUCCAAAAGAUGAAGGGCCGGAAAUUCCAGGGCGUCACUGGGACUGUGAGCAUGGACAGCAACAAUGACCGAGAAACGGAUUUCAACGUGUGGGCCAUGGCGGAUGUGGAGAGCGGAGAAUACCAGGUGGUGGGCCAUUACGUGGGAUCGGAGAAGCAGAUCAACUGGCUGGGGCCCAUCCAGUGGAAGAAGGGGGGGCCUCCCCUGGACAACCCGCCCUGCGUCUUCGACGUGGACGACCCCUCCUGCGACAAAACUCCUCUCUCCACCCUGGCCAUCGUGGCGCUGGGAGGCGGGCUCACCUUUAUCAUGUUCGGGGUCUCCAGCUUCCUGAUCUUCAGGAAGCUGAUGCUGGAGAAGGAGCUGGCGAGCAUGCUGUGGCGGAUCCGUUGGGACGAGCUGCACUUUGGGAGCUCUGAGCGCUACCACAAAAGGGCAGGCAGCCGCCUGACCCUCUCUCUGCGUGGGUCCAGUUAUGGCUCCCUGAUGACAGCACAUGGCAAAUACCAGAUCUUUGCCAACACAGGACUCUUCAAGGGAAACGUCGUGGCCAUCAAACAUGUCAACAAGAAGCGGAUUGAUUUGACGAGGCAGGUGCUCUUCGAACUCAAACACAUGCGAGACAUCCAGUUCAACCACCUGACGCGGUUCAUCGGGGCCUGCAUUGACCCGCCCAACAUCUGCAUCGUGACUGAAUAUUGCCCCCGGGGUAGCUUGCAGGAUAUUCUGGAGAACGAGAGCAUCAAUCUCGACUGGAUGUUCCGCUACUCGCUCAUCAACGACCUGGUCAAGGGCAUGUCCUUCCUGCACGGCAGCAUCAUCGGGCACCACGGCGGCCUCAAGUCCUCCAACUGCGUGGUGGACAGUCGCUUCGUGCUCAAGAUCACCGAUUACGGACUGGCCAGCUUCCGGCAGAGCAAUGAGGGCGAGGGGAGCCAUGCCCUUUACGCCAAGAAACUCUGGACGGCACCUGAACUCCUGCAGCACUGCCACCUCCCCGCUCCUGCCAUGCAGAAGGCCGACGUGUACAGCUUUGGCAUCAUCCUGCAAGAGAUUGCGCUGCGCAACGGGGCCUUCUAUGUGGAGGGCAUGGACCUCAGCCCCAAAGAGAUUGUGCAGAAGGUGCGCAACAGCCAGAGGCCCUACUUCCGCCCAACCAUCGACACGCGGGCGCACAGCGAGGAGCUGGCAGUGCUGAUGGAGCGCUGCUGGGCCCAGGAGCUGGCCGAGCGCCCCGACUUCACGCAGAUCAAGAUGUUCAUCCGGCGAUUCAACAAGGAGGGCAGCACCAGCAUCUUGGAUAACCUGCUGUCCCGCAUGGAGCAGUAUGCCAACAACCUGGAGAAACUGGUGGAGGAGCGCACGCAGGCCUACCUGGAGGAGAAGCGCAAGGCCGAGAACUUGCUUUACCAAAUCCUGCCCCACUCUGUGGCUGAGCAACUGAAGCGCGGCGAGACAGUCCAAGCGGAGGCCUUCGACUGCGUCACCAUCUACUUCAGCGACAUCGUGGGCUUCACCUCCCUGUCGGCUGAGAGCACUCCCAUGCAGGUGGUGACCCUGCUGAACGACCUUUACACCUGCUUUGAUGCCAUCAUCGAUAACUUUGAUGUCUACAAGGUGGAGACCAUCGGAGAUGCCUACAUGGUGGUGUCCGGUCUGCCUGUCCGAAACGGCAAAUUGCAUGCCCACGAGACGGUCCGCAUGGCCCUUGCCCUCCUCGAAGCUGUGAAAACGUUCCGCAUCCGGCACCGUCCCAGCGAGCAGCUGCACUUGCGCAUCGGCAUCCACUCGGGGCCAGUGUGUGCCGGCGUGGUGGGCCUCAAGAUGCCACGCUAUUGCCUCUUUGGGGACACGGUCAACACAGCCUCGCGCAUGGAGUCCAACGGCGAGGCCCUGAAGAUCCACGUGUCUUCCUCCACGAAAGAGAUCCUGGAUGAGUUUGGCUGCUUUGAGCUGGAGCUGAGGGGAGAUGUGGAGAUGAAGGGCAAGGGUAAGAUGCGGACCUACUGGUUGCUGGGAGAGAGAGAUAAUGGCGUCAUCUGAUGUGGCUCCUCCCCCUCCCGUGACUCCUCCCACUGAGGCGGUUACAAGGCAGCGGCUCCUCCUGGCAAGAGGUGCAGCUCAUGGGAACUUGCUUUGCCUUGGAGCAAGGAGAGAGAGAGAGAGAGACGGACAGCAGGGCAGGAAAGCCCCCUGGCUGGAGAGGCCCGGUGCGGCUGUGCUGAAGCAGGCGGGGCUGCCGGGGGCCCCAUCUCUGUCCCCCAUGACACCAGCAGUCCCCCCCCCCAGCAGCCAGGGCCCAGCAGGGUCCAGAGCAGGGCUGUGCCCAGCUCACUCCCGGCCCUGCUCGCAGGCGGGGCCUGGCUGGUCCCUGGCCCCUGCCCGCCCCUCCUGCUCCACAGCUCAGCUGGCUGAGCCCCCUCCCCGGACUGCUCCCUCCCUCCAGGUGUAAAUAUAGAAAGCCAAAAAUAGUACAGAAUAUUUUGUUGAAAUACAGACUUUUUAAUCCA